AUGUCGAUGAAUGGGGGAAGAAACAAACCACCAUUUACACCAUUACAAUGGAAAGAACUAGAAACACAGGCAUUAAUCUUCAAACACAUGGUUUCAGGAAUACCAAUACCAGCUGAACUUCUAUUUCCACUCAAAUUCCAUUCAUCUUCUUCUUCAUCUUUGCUUUCUUCUAAGCUUUUUCUUCCAUCUGAUCCUCAAAUUCCAUGGACGUACUAUCAUAUGGGAUUAGGAAGAAAGAUUGAUCCAGAACCAGGGAGAUGUAGAAGAACAGAUGGGAAGAAAUGGAGAUGUGCUAAAGAAGCUUAUCAUGAUUCUAAAUACUGUGAGAAGCAUAUGCAUAGAGGGAGGAAUCGUUCAAGAAAGCCUGUGGAAGAGAUCUUAACAUCGACAUCCAAUCAAUCAAAAUCUAUGAUUUCUUCAAAUUUCAGUCCUUACUACAAUUCCCCAUCUCCUUCUACUUCUUCAUCUUCUUCUUCAAGAUACGGUUUUCCUUAUCCUCAAUCAAACUCAACACCCCAUUUUGCUAAAGAUUCUACUGAAUCACCAUCUUAUAACAGGUCUGAGAAUGGUGGAGGGAGAGAUGAAAGAUCAUUCUUUUCAGAAAAACCAGAUUUAUCACUUUCAAAUUCAAAUUCAUGGAAUUACACACCAUUAAGAAUGAAUUCUACUUCCCCUGUUUCCCCUGCUUUACAAAAUGGGUUUUCUCAAUUUGAUCAUAUCAAUCACAACAAUCAUCAUCAAGAACAAGAACAACAGCAACAGAAGAAACAUUGCUUUGUUCUGGGUACUGAUUUCUUCGAACCAGUUAAAACUGAGAAACAUCGAGAACAAGAUCAACAACCAGGUCAUCAAUUUCUGCAUUUCAUAGAUGAAUAUCCAUUAAGAAACAGAGAACUACCCUCAUCAACAGCAUCAACUCAGCUCUCAAUCUCAAUUCCUCAUCCAUUUCUCUAA